AUGAACAAGAAACAAAUAUUGUUAUUUAAUAAAAUUUCUAAAAUGAUUGAUAAAAGAAAAAAACGUAAUAAAGAAUUUGAUUUUUUCGAUUUCAAAGAAAUAAAUCCCCAAAAAAAAUACAACAAAUGCAUAGAAAUAGCACAUUUGUAUUUAAAAUUUAAGGCUAUAAAAACUAAGGGGAAUCAAAAUAACGAUGAUCACAUAAUGGAUGACCAUUGUUUGGUUAAAGAAGUAUUGCAUUUGAAAUUUUUAUAUUCAAAUAAGCCUAUGCUAAUUAUGGAUAUAGCCAAAUCGAUACAAAACCAAUUAACGAAAGAAUGGGGGAAUGGUGGAAAAACUAAAAUAAUAUGUUAUAAUAUAAAAAAAAAUGCAAUAAAAAUGAUCUCAAUUAAUAAUUUAUUUAUAAUAUUAAAUAAUAUAUUAUGUCUGUCUUCUCACAAUUUUACAAAUCCUCAAAAACAAAGAUAUUUUUCUAAAUAUAUGAUUUACUACGAUGAUUUUUCCCAAAUAAUCGAUUUAUGUAGUAACUGGUCAUAUGAAAUGAAUUUCAUCAGCAGAUGCUUCUUAAAACUAAAUAUUAUUAUCACCCACACUCAAAAUGAUAAAAACAGUGAAAACUGUUAUGAUGGAAAUGAAGCUGGAGUGAUAUAUAUAACAAUGUUACACCGAAUAAAUAAAAUAAUAAAAAAUUGUAAAAUUAAUGAUAUUUUAUUUUACAUAUAUUUCAAAAAGCUAAACGAAUAUAGUUCAUACAAAAUAAAAGGAAUGACACUAACUAAUAAUAAUAACGAUAAUAAUAAAAAUUCAUUGCACCAAAGUAUGAAUAUUUUUUAUUAUUACCCUCUAUAUAAUAUUAUUAACGAAACAGUGGUUUAUUCUACAAAUAUAAGCAUGCCUAGCUUCUGGUAUUUUAAAAAUAAAGAAAGUAAUAAUUUAUUUUUAAAAAUAUUAAUAUAUAGAAAAUUAUAUUAUAUAUUAUUAGCAAAUUAUAAAAUAUGGAAUAAUAGAGAUGUGUUGUUGGCUUGUUUUUUUUAUACCAUAGUCAAAUUUGUAAUGCACAUAUAUUUAUAUAUAGUUAUGUGCUUUUAUUAUUUUUUAAUAUCAUUCUAUAAAUUUAUUAUAAAUAAUGUAUUGUGUUUUUUAAAAUACAAAAUCAAUUUAUUUUAUAAUGUUGAGCAUAUUCAAAAGAAGAAAAAUUUAAUACCUAUUUUCGAAAAAAGAGAAAUCAGCAAUUCAUCCUUUUUACACCUCUUUAAAAUAACAAUUAUUCCCGAAGAUAAUUAUGUAGAUAUAAAAAUAAAAAAUUCUAAGAAAAAUAAUAAAAUAAAUGGAGAAUAUAAAAAUAUACCGUAUUUGAAUCUAAAAUCAAGUUUGUUUAAUAUGUGCUCGAAAAAUGAAAAAAAUGUUUUAUCACAUCACUGUUCUUUUUUUCCACAUAUUUUCUCGACGGAAAACAAAACCUAUAUUAACAAUGGCGAGAAGAAAAACAAAAAGCAUAUUCUUUUGCUAAGUAAAAAAAUAAAUAAAAUAAUGAAUGUUUCCCAAAAAAUAAAAAAAAAAGGAAUGUCAAAAUGUAGCUACAAGAAUAGGAUAAACAAAAAUAUAGCUAGUUAUAAUAAGAUAUUUAUGCUGAUAAAAAGCGAGAAAAACGAUAAAACAAAUAUGAAAUGUUGGAAUCAAUACGAAAAAAAGAAAGAGCAUAUUGAAACUGACGGAUCUGUAUCCGAUUCAUAUUUUGAGUAUGAAGAUGAAUAUGAAGAAGAAGAAGAUGAUGAGGAAGAUGGAGAGGAAGAUGAAAAGGAAGAAGAAGACGAUGAGAAAGAUGACGAAGAAAAAUAUGAGGAUGAAAAAGAAGAAGAGGAAAAGGAAGAAGAUGAAGAAGAAGAAGAAGAUGAGGAAGAUGACGAAGAAAAAUAUGAGGAUGAAAAAGAAGAAGAGGAAAAGGAAGAAGAUGAAGAAGAAGAAGAAGAUGAGGAAGAUGAUGAUGAGGAAGAUGAUGAUGAAGAGGAUGAGGAUGAUGAAGAAGACGAUGAUGAUGAGGACGAUGAUGAGGAAGAAGAUGAUGAAGAAGAGGAUGAUGAAGAAGAAGAUGAGGAGAAAGAAAAGCGCCGUAAUCAAUGUAAAAAAGGAAAAAUGUAUAAUAAAAAAAAAUACAAAAAAAAUUAUAGAAAAAAAUUCACAAAUGGUAUAAAUGAAGAAUCAGAAAGAGAAAUAGCAAAAGAAGACAAUUAUUACUUUAAGAAAAAGGAAUUAUAUCUUAACAAGAAAAAUAAAAAUUUUAAAAAUAAUUACAUAUAUUUGAAUAAUUUAUAUAAAGAAAACGCAUAUAUAAAUAUAGCAAAUAUUUCUAAUUUUAUAUCAGUAAGUAAAGAUAAACUAACAGCUAUGUAUUCUGCUUGGGGUAAACAUGCAGAUAUCGCAUGUGUUCAGAUAAAUAAAUGUGCUUUACGAGAUUGUAGUAUUUAUUAUUUUGAAGUCGAAAUAUUACAGUGUACGAAUUUUUCAAAAAUAGUUAUUGGAAUGACUAGUAAAAAUUAUACUGUUAAUAAAAACCCAGGUUUUGAAUAUAAUUCAUUUGGGUAUAAAAGUGAUGAUGGCAAAAAAAUCAUCGAUGGAAAACUUGAUAGUUAUAGCAGUGGAUAUACAAAAAAUGAUAUAAUAGGGUGUGGAAUUAAUUAUUUUGAUAAUAGUGCUUUUUUUACAAAAAAUGGAAAAUAUUUAGGAAAAAUAUGUACUAUCAAUCCUAAAUAUGAUUAUUAUGGUACUGUUGGUUUAAGUACAUUAGGAGAUAAAAUUAAAUUUCAUAUGAAUAAUUUUGUUUUUGAUAUUUAUAAUUUAAUACAUGAAGAAAAUGAAAAAGAAAGAAAAAUUGUAAAAUCAAUUUAUAUACAAAAAGAUAUUUAUUCAGAUAUUAUUAAAGCACAUUUAAUAAAAUGUGGAUACUUAAAUACAUAUAAAUCUUUUAUAAAUUUUUUAGAUCAAAACAAAAAUACAGAUGAUAAUAGUAGCUCUGGAUGUUCUUCACACACAAAAAAUAGUAUAGAUAAUAUGCUCAAAAGCAAAUAUAAUUUACCACAAAAAAGUUUGAAUAAAAAUGAUGUCAUUACAUCAAGUACAAAGGAUAAUGACAAAUUAGUCAAAGACACCGAAAAAAAUAACAAUAAAGAAAAUGAUAAGGUAAAAUUGGAAGAUACUGGGUGCAAUGGGAAUAAUGGCAAUACUGAUGAAAAUAUCAACACACCAAAAAUUAAUGCAACUAUAAAUAAUAAUACAAAUGAUAAUACCCAGAAUGAUAGUACUAGAUUAAACAAUAAAAAAUCAGAUAUUUCACACAAUGAUAAUAAAAAUGAAAAUCCCCAACAUAUAUCUCAAGAUAAUGAAGUGCAAAAAUCCAAUGCAAAUCAAACUCCAGAAAUUGGAAAGAAUGGUGAGGGCUCAAUAAAAAAUGUUUCUGCCACCCUUGAUGCUUCUACCAAUACCGAAAUUGGUAUAUCAAAUGAAGAUGAAAAUACUUCUACAAAUGAUAAAAGUUGUGAUAGCAAAAACUUGAUGAACAAUGUUUUAAUUAGCUAUAUAGAUAAGUUUGAUAAAUUAAACAAAGAUGAUAAUGCAAAUAAAGAAAUGGCAACUACAUGUGAUAAUGAUGAUUCUGAAGCAAUAAUAACUGAUAAAUUGGCGCUAACAAAAAAUGCAAGUAUCGAAAAUGAGGAAAAACAUAUAAAUAGUGUAAAAUCAGAUGAAAAAACAGAGAAUGGCGAAAAAAAUAAUAACGAACUUGCUGAUAAUAUUACUGUAAAAAAAAAUGAUUCAACUGUGGACAACAAAACGGAUGACAAUCAAAAAUGUGAAGAUGAUGAGAAAAAAAUUAAAACUGAAUCUUUAGAAACAAACGCGAUGAAAAUUUUCAACCAUGAUUUACUUAAUAAUUGCACGAGUGUAAGUAUGGAUAGUAUUUUAUUUCCAUCUCGAAAAAAUAAUUUAAGUAGUUUAAUAAAUGCAAGAAAAGAUUCAAGCUCAAUAUUACUAAGCCGAUUAAGAAAUAAAAGAAGUUUAAGCACAAAAGAUAAUUUAAAUAUGCUAGGAGCAAAUCUUACGAACACUAAAAAAGAAGCUAAAAGAAACGAGACAGAUAUUAAUAAAAAGAUUCAUCUUUUAUUUACAGAUAAAUUUAAUGUUACAAAUGAUAAUGAAAAAAAUAAAAAAAAUAAAAAAGAAGGAAAUAAAAGUUCUUCUGAUAAAGAAAAUGUACCAAAACAUUUUAGAAGUUUAUAUUUAUCUGACGAUAAAUUAAAAAAAAUGGAAGACACAUUAGAAACAAGAAAUACUAUAAGAAAUAACAUACUCAAUGGUAACAUUAUUAAUGUGUUAAAUAUUUUAGAAAAUGAUUAUUCAGAAUUAUUUACUAAUGAAAAUGGCCAUCUUCACAUAGCAAUGCUAUACACACAACAAUUAAUCGAAAUUUUAAAACCCCAUAAAAAUUUUAUUAAAAAAAUCGCAAAAAAAAAUCAAAAAAAAUCAAAAAAAUCAAAAAAAUAUUAUAAUAAUAAUUUAGAAGAAGCUGCAUCAACUCAAUCCACUUCAAAAUCGUAUGAAGCUAUAAGUGAUGAUUACUUUUAUGAUGACACACAAACGGAAUGUGAUUCUUCGGUUAGUCUAUUUUGCGAUAGCUCAAAUAACGAAGAAAAUAAUUUCAAUCCAACGAAAACAAAGGUAUAUAAAAAUGGGAUUAAAAAGGGAUAUAGUGAUGUUAGAAAAAGACGAAAAAAUUUGGAUAAUUAUAAGACUAAUACAAAUAAAAUAGUGGAAGGGGAAAAUAGUGACACUGACGGUAGUACAUAUAGUAGCAGCAAAGGAUAUAAUAGUGAUAAAAGUUUUAAUAAAAAAGAAGAAAAUAAUAUUUCAUGUGAUACUUUUGAUCAAAAUAAGAAUUCCACUCCACUGAAUGGAGAUAUAUUAAAUAAUAAUAAUACAAUAGAGCACAAUAAAAAUGGUAUAGAUUUUAAUAAAGGUGCAAACGGUAAUAAUUUAAAUAACACAAUUAACAAUAAUAUAGAAAAAGACAAAAAUUAUACUGUGAAUAAAAUCGAUUUAAAAGAUGAUGAUAAUUUAAAUACAAAAAAGAUGGAUCAAAUUAUAUAUAAAAAUAUACAAUCUAAUUAUGAUAAAGAAUUUUUUGAAAAAAAUAAUUUACAAGAAGAAUAUGAACGACAUUAUAAUAAACUAUCAAAAGAAUAUGAAUUUUUUGAAGAUGAUAAUCCAUAUAAAAAUAAAAAAUUCUAUUAUGGAAACAUUUCUAAUAGCAAUAAAACAAGAGAUAUUGAACAGUAUAUAAAUAAUUGUAAUUCCGAAAGUGAGAUAAAUUCCGAUUAUGAUAGUAAUGAUUCAAAUUUUAAAACAAAACAUUACGAAUUUAAUGAUAUAGAUUUUGAUCAAAUAUAUAAAUAUAUUUAUAAAAAAAAUAAUAUAUCAAAAAAUGAUAAAUUAAAAUUUAAAAAAGAUCAUUUAUAUUUAGCAUUAUUAUGGAUAAGAGAAAAAUUGUCUUUAUUUAAUAAUUCUCAACACCCCGCUAUUCGACAAUGCAUUCAAGAUAUUACAUCUCUGAUUGCUUAUCAUAAACCAUAUAAACAAAAACUUGUUCGGAUGUUUUUUUCAAAAAAUAGAAACCUCCUAACAUUUAAUUCCGUCAACGAGGGUAUUUUAGGUUUGUGCCUUAAUGUACCCAUAUAUUCCCCAUUGGAAAUUAUUAUAAAGCAUUUAAUUUUAUCCCGAAACUUAUUGAGAGAAAAAAAAGGGAAUAUAGGGAUCAAAUAUGAUUGUAGCUACGUAUGUCAGCCUUACAAAAGAUACAUGAUUACAAUUAAAAAUCAAAAAAAAAAAAAAUAUAUUUUAAAGAAACCACAAAUAAAUAAAGAAAAAGGAAUAUUAAGCGGAAAAAUCAUUGAAGAUAAUAUAUUAUCAGUUUUUCAAUAA